GCCAGUUUUACUGAGUGGUUUUCUUUCUAUUGAUAAGAUAAAGAUGUUACAAGUGACCAAAGUGGUAAAGAGGACUGCUUCUACAUGCUACCUGAUCAAAAUGAAACUUUUCUUUUCACAGAUAAACACUACAGGUAAAGACUGGUAAAAAGAAACACAUUUCUGAAGUGCCUGGAAAGGAAAAGCACUGGUCAGUAUCACGUGGACAAGCUCAGUGUUUUCCAAAGAUGCUGUUGAAGUAGUCUUUGCUACUGCUUUUCUUCACUCAAAGCUCUUCAUAACAUGGGCUGCAUGAAAUCAAAGCAAACUUUCCCAUUUCCUACCACAUCUGAGAGUGAGAAGCGACAUGCAAGUGAAGAAAGCUUUAUGUCUGAAGAGAGAUUUCUACCUAGGAUGCCUUCUCCAGUUAAUGUCGAAGAGGAAGUGAAAGAACCACCAGGGCCCGAAAUGGUAGUCUUAGAAUUUGCACACCGCCUAUCCCAGGAAAUCUUGAGUGAUGCCUUGCAGCAGUGGGCAGGCAAUAACAUCAAGUACAAUGACAUCCCAUACAUUGAGAGCGAGGGGCCUUGAUGCCAUAGGAUGAUAACUUUCUUGAAUUGUGGAUAAAGUUGGUGCUAGUUUAAACACAUGAAAUUAUAGCAAAAA